AUGCUCCUUCCAACAGCAUCUCUGAUCCUCGCCGCAGGCGCGCUUGUCGCAGCCCAGACGCCCGCCGGCUUCACGCCCGAGGUGGCCGCGCGGCUGGACCUCAUCUUUGGGGCCAAGACGGUGACGGUUCCCGGCACGAGCCUGACAAAAGCCGAGACAGCAAAGCAGCCGACAAUUGGUACCUCCGACGCGGUCCUGAACGGCACGUACCUGUGGAUGAUGAUAGACCAGGACGUCCCAGCCAACUUCCAAAACCCCAGCGCCGGCGGCCGCCGCACGAACCUACACGCCAUGCUCACGGGGUACAAGGCGGGCGCCAACGCCGGCGCCGUGCACGCGCUAGUCACGUCGGCGACGGGGCCCGUCGCGUACACGGGGCCCGCGCCGCCGGCCGAGACGCCCGCGCACCCGCACCGCUACGUCAGCCUGCUAUACGAGACGCCCGCCGCCGGCUUCGCCGUCACACGCGCCCAGGUCGGCCAGACGCUGGGCUUCAACCUGACCGCGUUUGUUGCCGCUGUGGGGCUGGUUGUGCCGGUGAGGGCGAAUUAUUUCAAUGUUACGGGAUGA